CUCAUAAAGGGAUAAAUAAAAUUUUAACAAGGCUCUCGCAAUUUUUUUUCCAUUAUUGAAAAUAUAAACUUUCGAAAAUUUACAAAGUUUAGAAGUAAAUAAUUCCGGUAAUAAAUCAAAAAAUAGAAUUUACGUCUGGUCCAGCACCAAAUUACAGUUUGUUCCGCCUCCAGAAAAACACGCAUGCGCAGAGGACUUGUAAACAAUACAGCAUGGCGUCUAGAGCGGGUAAGCGUCCUGUGGGAAGACCGCGAAUUCUUACCGACUCGGCCAAAAAGAGAGCGAAAAGUGAAAGAAAUAAAUCAUAUUUGUAUAAGACUAAGAUUUAUCUCGGAGAUCAAUACGAAAGAUGGCAAGCAAAGAAGGAAGAACUCGGAGAAACGCACGCAGGACUGGCGAAGAUUCUACUUGACAGACUUGUAACGGACAGUGAAACAGAGGAUGCAGACUCAGCUGACCAGUCACUUACAUUGCAGAAAAAAAUAUCAACGCCUAUAUUAAAGAAAAAGCUACAUCUCCUCCCCCCAGAUGUAUCAGAAAUUUCAUCAGCUCUAAGCGAGAGUACUGAUACAGAGAAGCAACAAGAAGUGGCAAAAUCUUCUGCUCCACCAGUAACCAGUCAACAGGAAUCUCCUGGCCCAAGUCACAAGAAAAGAAAACUCUUUGAUGAUAAAGAAGUUUCAUUCAUCAAUCCAUUUGAUGUAACAAUAGAUGUAACAGAAGAAAGCAGCAGUGACAUAAAUUCUGACGAAGAGUAUGAGCCAAGCUUUAAUGUGACUUUAAGACCAAACAACAUGUUUGGUUUGGAGGAAGUAAGUUUAGAGGUGCAGGAGUUUGGAGUGGAGGAAGUAGAAGGAGAUGAAGAAGGGGGUCUUCAGGAGACAAUUGAGGAGACAGGGUCUGGUGUCACAAAGAUUAAGAAUGUCGAAGAGAUGCCCAUAUUAACAAGAGACGAGACAUGCCUUGUGUAUAAGAGGUGCUUGUUAAAGUUGGCCAAUACACACAUCGACUACAAAUGCAAAGUGAAGGGUUGCAAUUCUCCUAUCUCACUGCGCACAGGGAAUAUAGGCUCAGCUCUGUAUAUUUUCUGGGAAUGCACCCAGAAACACUUGGCACACAAGUGGUGUUCUCAGCCAUUGCUGAAUAGAAGACUGCAUGGAGGGGACUUGCAGAUCGCUUCUGCAAUUCUGACCUCUGGAAACAAUUAUGCAAAAGUUAAACUUUUUGCAGAUUUCUUGAAGCUUUACUUCCCUAGUAUUUCAAAGUUCUCAGCUAUCCAGAGAACAUACUUGAUACCAACCAUCAAUACAUUCUGGAGAGAAGAACAACUGGGCACAGUAGAGAGUUUGCAGGGACAAGAAAUUAUUGCUCUUGGUGAUGGAAGGAAUGAUAGUCCAGGGCAUAGUGCACAGUACUGCACAUAUUCCAUAAUGGAUAACAGCUCCAAGAAAAUAAUUUCCAUCAUCACCAUGGAUAAAAGAGAGACGGGGAAGAAGAGCACUAAUAUGGAAAAGGGGUGCUUUUUAAAAGCUAUGGAAGACCUAAGAGAUAAUGGUGUUGUUGUAGCUGAGGUUAUUACCGAUGCACAUUUGCAAAUUGGAGCAGUUAUGAAGAACAGAUUCCCAGAAAUAAAGCACUCGCAUGACAUAUGGCAUGCUGCCAAAAACCUAGGCAAGAAGGUAGUUGCUGCUGGACAGAGUAAGGAAUGCCGACCUCUCCUAGAGUGGAGUCGUGACAUUAUCAACCACUUUUGGCAUGCUUGUUCUUUGGCAACUGAUGUUGAUAGCUUUAUGGAGAUAUGGUGUGGUAUUGUUCACCACAUUGUCGGGGAACAUGAAUGGAGCAUGUCCUAUAGCAGUAACUUCUAUGGGGAAAACAAAUGCCAGCAUGGUCCACUGGAGGGAGAGCAGAAGGAGUGGCUGGAGAAAGGCAGCCCUGCACACAAGGCUCUCAUUGAGAUUGUCUUCAACAAAAUACUUCUGAAUAAGAUACCCUAUUAUGUAAAUUUCAGAAGUACAGCAGAAUUGGAGACGUUCAACAAUCUUAUUUUAAUGUAUUGUGGCAAAAGGUUUGCUUUUUCCCCACCUGUUUACAGGGCUAGAAGCCAGUUGGCUGCAUUAGAUUACAACAACAAUGUGGACAGGAUGGUGAAAAGAAACUUGGAUGGGACAGUGCAGCAACACAGAACAUUCAACAAAAAAAGUGGCCGCUGGAGUGUAACACCAGUAAAAGUUGAAAAGAGCUACAGACACGUGGACAUCAUAAUGGAAAGAGUGGUGGCUGCCCGUCUGAAUGACCAGGAAGGCAUGAGUCAGCCUGUAGUGUUUGACAUUGAUGACCCACGCCGCUUGAGCAGGACCAUUGCCCCAAUUGAUCCAAAGCCAACGACGGAGUUGCUCGAGGAGAAAGUGUCACGGUUUCAAGCAACAGACUAAUCGUGAACAUUUGCAAAUGUAGCUUUGUUAAUAUUUGUAUAAUUUAGUAUAGUGUGUAAACACGGUCACCUAUGCAUACUUGAUUUUGUUAAACAACCCAGAAGACUGAUGUACUGGACUACUGGUGCUUAAAAUUGAAAUUUCUGAUAUGAUAUCCAUGACAAUGUGCUUAUAGGAAAACUGAUUUGAAAUAAUGCUAACAAAAGUUUUAGGAAAAUUGUUUGUGUAGUUGAAUUUUGAUAUUUCUAACAUCGAUAUCUUAAAUACUAUGGAUAUAUCCAAGGGAGUUAGAAGGACAAAUUACUUCUUUAUGUAUAACAUCAAUGUCUUGCAUCCUCGGAAAUCUUUUUCUCUUGGCCCCAUCAAGUUAGAAAUUUGACAACAUUUAUCAAAUGUCUUUGUUUUUACAAAGACAUCAUGCCAUACGUCAUAUCAUAGUCUCAAUCAGUCCAUUAAAAUUCAGGUGUUAUCUUGGUUAUCAAAUAGUCUACAAUUUUUAGCAUUAUCGUGUACAUAUCAUUUUAGUGUAUGUUUUUCCCCCCAGAUAUUGUCAUGUUUAUUAGCUAGUCUAUGAUUUUCAUGUAUUCUCUUAGUGUGUAAUUUCUGGAAUUACCAUGUUUGUCAGACAGUCAGUCCAUUACUGGAUGAAUUCAAAUAUCCUUAUGAUCUCAAAUUCAAUACUAUUUUCAUAUGAUACGCAUAUAACUACGGCUGUGGUACUAAGAGGUUGGACUUCAAUCAUGCACUUUUCAGCAAAAUGAACCACAAGUAUCAGUAUAUUGCAGCUUGUCACAAUUGAUCACCAUGAAGAGAGGAAGUUGCCUAUUUGUCAAGAUCUUAGUCUCAGUUAAUAGGAAAACAGGCAGAAUACGGACCGAGCUAUUGGGGCUAAGACCAUUAAACUUGGUACACAUACUCUUCAUGCCAAGUGAAGGUCAAAGGUCAUACCAUUAAAUAGCAAGAAAAUUUUGUAGGCAGGAUGCAGACAGAUCUAUUGGGUGUAGGACAGUCAAACUUGUUACACGUACACCUUACAUAGGAUGCCUAUUGUUUCUCUAGGUCUCCGUCAUAGUAUAAACCAUGUUGUUAUUGCCCUGAAAUUUAGUCAUAUGCUUCCUCUUGGGGGGGAUAAGUUCAGUUGGAUUGGUGCACCAUAACCUACAUUAGGGAUAAAAGUGGGUCAAACAGUUUUCCAGACUUUUUAUCCAUUCAGAGUAAAUUAUGUAAUUGCAGUUCCAACGGCCAUGUAGAAUUGUGCACAGGUAUUAGCAAGAUUGUGUAUUUACAUUUUAUAGGAUUUUGUAUUAAAUCAUGAUUUUGGAACACACACAAACUUUUCGUUAUAUGAAAUGAAAAACUAAUGUUGGUAUACAACUAUAUUUUUAGUCAACAUAAAACAUUGUAGGUCAGCAAUGUAUAUGAAAAUGCCUUGGCUGAAGGCAAUUCAAUCCUUUAAUGAAUUGAGGCAUCCUGAUGCUCUUGAAAUUUUAGGAGCAAUUCUGGUUUGUUAAAUGUUGGCUACAUUAUGUAUAACAUGGUAGACGCAAAUCAUUUUUGCCAACUUUACUUAAUAUUGACCUCAAGUUUUAGAGACUUUAAUUGACAUCUUGAAAAAGUCUGAAAGAUUGUCCAUCAAAAUGUGUUCAGCAAGCAUUGCAGAAGAUUUCUGAGUCUGGUUAAAAAUUCAUGUCUUGAACUUGACAUGUUCCAAGUUGUCGUGCAAGAUUUCAAAUUACGGUAUAACGUGACAGUCUGUUCAAAUGGAGAAUGUAAAUAUAUUUUCUCCAUAUGUUGCUCAAAAACAAAGAUAUAUACAAGACUAAAUUUUGGUUAAUUUGGAUUACACAGGUUCUGGAUAACAAUGACAUACAUUUAUUACAAUUGUACUGUAAUUCGAGAUCUUGGCAUUUUACAAUGUAUUGGUCAAGAUAUGUUUCCCCUCUAUUUGAUGAAGUUUACAAACAACUUGAUGCAUAUCAUUUUGUGUUGAUACUCAAUAUCCAGAAAGUUUAAUCAGGUUUUGGUACAAGUAAUAAAUAAUUUAUAUUUUA